UCCCGGGCCCGAGAUUGCAGGAAUUGGUCUGAAAUUCCCAGAAAGGAAAAGGGUCAGUUUGGAAGAUCUCUACGGGAGGCCCUCCCAUCGGUGCAGGAGACUCAUACGGAAGAUGGAGAAGAACGGAGAAACCAGCAUUGUGCAGGAUACUGGGGGAGGGGGAGAAAACGUCUUUCCGGAAAGUCCAGCCGUGGAGAAAGAGAAGCCAAGAGACCAGAGCAAAGCUGAGAAAGAAGGACCCCCAGGUGAGUCCCCAGAAGUGAAGGACCACCAAGAGAAACCCAAGGAUGAUCCACAGAAACCGCUGCACGUCCGACACAGCUUCAGCUGCCCAGCACAAGUCAGCAGCUUAGGAGAUAUUCCAGAAGAGGCCUCAGAAGCCCCCAGCCCCCAGAGUCCCCAAGACCCCGCGGCUGCUUCCCCGCCUGCCCAAGAGCCUAGUGAAAGGACUUUGCCCAAGGAGCCCCUCUCUCCGAUUUCUGAUGCUGCAGGAGCCUCUCCGUCCCCAGAAAGCAAAGAUACCACCAGCUCUGAGGAACCAGGGUGUAGCCCCUACCUCACUCCCGAUUUUGGCAAAGAAGACCCCUCUUUGAUCUUGGAUGACACUCCCCCGCCUCCUGCACCCUUCGCCCAUCGCAUCGUCACACUGAGGACUGGAGACUUCAAAGAUACUUACAAACUGAACACGAAGGAAAUCCUGGGGGGGGGAAAGUUUGGGGAAGUCCGGACAUGCACAGUGAAGGACACGGACCUCAAGCUGGCCGUGAAGAUCAUCAAGAAGCAGGGGCCCAAAGACAAGGAAACGGCCGAACUGGAAAUCGACGUGAUGAACCAGCUCAACCACCGAAACUUGAUCCAACUCUACGACGCCAUCGAGACACCCCGAGAGAUCAUGCUCUUUAUGGAAUUUGUGGAAGGGGGCGAGCUGUUCGAACGGAUCAUCGACGAGGAUUACCAACUGACCGAGGUGGAUUGCAUGGUGUUUGUGCGUCAAAUCUGCGAAGGAAUCCUUUUCAUGCAUCAGAUGAGAGUGCUGCACCUGGACCUUAAGCCUGAGAACAUCCUGUGUGUGACGCCCACUGGUCACAUGGUGAAGAUCAUUGACUUUGGAUUUGCCCGGAGGUUCAACCCCCGAGAAAAACUAAAAGUUAAUUUUGGCACCCCGGAAUUCCUGCCGCCAGAGGUGGUCAGCUAUGAGCCGGUUUCCUACAGCAGCGACAUGUGGAGCAUGGGGGUGAUUGCAUACAUGCUGCUGAGUGGUUUCUCCCCUUUCCUGGGGGACAAUGACACAGAAACGCUCAACAACGUCCUGUUGGCGGAGUGGUACUUCGACGAGGAAGCCUUUGAGGGCAUCUCGGAUGAAGCCAAGGACUUCGUCUCCAACCUGAUCAUCAAGCAAAAAGGUGGGCGGAUGAGUGCAGCUCAGUGCCUCCAGCAUCCCUGGCUGAACAACCUGGCCGAAAAAGCCAAGCGGGUCAACCGGCGCCUCAAAUCUCAGGUUCUCCUCCGGAAAUACGUCAUGCGACGUCGCUGGAAGAAAAACUUCAUCGGCGUUUGCGCCGCCAACCGAUUCAAGAAAAUCACCAGCUCCGGAUCCCUGACCGCGCUCGGGGUUUGA